AUGCUGUCUCCAUCGCCUUCCUCGAACACGAACUGUCCAGAUCCGUCUUUUUCCAAGGCCAGUGGACUACGUUCUCUGAUGGGAAUACGCAAAGCAAGAAGCUGCUCCCCUCUGCCCACCAGCGCCAGUAUUUUGUCUUCGCAGGAUUUGACCAUCAGUGCACCCAGUUCGGAUCCUGUCACUCCUGCGUCUCCCGUUUUUGAUGGCCCGGCAAUGUCACAUAAGCGCACUGGGUCUACGGCAACUUCUCAUUCGGCUCGCUCUACACGCUCGGUCCGCUCGAGUUGUAUUUCCAGCCCUCUGGCGUCUCCCAAUCUAGGAAGCCGGCACUUCUCCGGUCUCCCCGGCACGCUGGGAUGGCUACGCAGCACGCACUUUGAACUCUGGAUUGACCAAGAUAACUCACGCACGUUCCGUCCCGUCUUCAAGCUCACCGGAUAUACCAAUGACUCAUCAGAAGACCAUGAGGCUUACCUGGUGAACGCCUUAACCUUCGGCCUUGCUGACUUCAUGCCCGUGACUCGACAAGAAUUUCUUGUCAACGCUGUCAGCAAGACCGAUGCCACGCUCACUCUGCGAAGGCUAACAAUGGCUGGGGACGAAUCCAAGGACUACAUUUCUCAGGUUGCGUCGCUGCCCACGGAUGAAGAUGGCGUCUACAGUGUCUCGGGAGUCGAGCUAUUCGAUGUACAGGCUAGCUUGGCGCCGCUCGCCUUGCGGUGGAAGUUCGAGUACUUUGUGCACAAUGCCCUCGAUGCGAGCGCGUCAGAAGGACGAUUCUUCACCCCGUUGCGGUUCUCUUGUUCGCCGGGCUUGCUCCAUCCAACUCAUGGCAAGAAGAAAACCAGACUCAUGGAACUAUUCACAAGAACCCCUUCUGCUAGGUUGCGUGCGGAGAAAAUGUCCGCUCCUAAACCAGGACCUUCGCUGAUCGUCGCCACGGGCUCCCCGCUCUCAAAGCGUUCAUCGGGUCUGAGACCGUUGUAUAAGGACGACCACUCUCCUGGGCCUGGAGCCAGUUCCUUUGACCGUCAAUCGGGAGAAGGACAGGUUGCAGAUCACUCCGUGACCUCUACGGUGCCAGGCUAUAGUCUUCGACGAUCUCCAAAGCUGGCAUACUGCAUCACCCCACCCUCGACCCUCACUGAGCUGAUGUCUACUUUUACCGACACCGAUAUUAACCUCCCUCCGCGUCCUUCGUACUCCAGUUUGAAGUACGAUUUACCUUGA